AUGAGCCCAAGCAAGCAAGAACAUGACGAGGAAGAGCAGGCCUUCCUCUCGCCAGGUCCGGCUCCCAACGAUGCCGUGUGGUCCCGGAAAAGCACAACUUCGCGCAAGGCGACGCGAUACUUGCGGCUAGCACUGGAGAUUGCGAUGGCAAUAGUCAUCGGUCUUUUCGUGGCCAAUACGGUGCGCGAAAAGAGCCAAGUCAAACCGUCUCCGGUUCCGAAGUUGCCGCGAAAGACGUACACAUUCCUCCCGGAUCCGCAAUAUGUAAGCGAAGACAUGCUCUUCGACGAGCAGGACACGCUUCACACGCUGCAUAGCUGGAUACCGCUGAGUGCAGACGCCAGGGGCUACGUCCAGAUCCCCGAUCACGACUCCUACGACAUCCUCAACGAGCCCUACACGGUCCCCAUCAACCGGACGACCGACGGCCCCGCCUACAUGAUGGCCGUCUUCCACCAGCUACAUUGCCUCUCGUACAUCGUGAACCACUACCAGCAAGGGUACGCCGGCACCGAGCUGACCGAGGAGGUGGCCCAUCACUCGUCGCACUGCUUCGACUACCUGCGCCAGUCGAUCAUGUGCGCCGGCGACACCAACCUGGAGGGCGAAACGGAGGCGGGACCCGGCUGGGGUUCGGAACACGAGUGUGUUAAUUACGAUGCGCUACUCAAUUGGGCGAACGAGCGGUCGGCCAUGAAGUGGAGGAACGCGCUGUUGCCGGGUGAAGCUAUACUUUGA